AUGUUCACCGCCAACUGGUCAUCACUGCAGCCAUCUGUACUUUGGACCGCUACUUUUCUCACCAGCCCUCCGCGAUCAAGUUUCCUGCUUUGGACAAUCCCAAUGUCAAUCGAGACUGCCACCUGGCACGCUCCAGAUCGUUCUUCUAUCCCUUUCUUCGAUACGAAGAGCACCUGCGAGGAAAAGGGGGUGUAG